AUGGCCUACAUUUUUAUGACGUCACGUCCUCCCUAGGAUCAAAACAAACAGCGCUAGUUAAACAGCUGGCUACAAAGUCAUGGCUGAACACGGAGGCCAAAAAGGAUACAACAAAAAGGUCCUCGACUGUGCAGACAUUUGAGCUGAACCGCGGUACCAAACUGACCGAAAGCUUCUUGAGGAGAUCAACGAUGCCUUAUGUCUGAGAAUGGGAGGAAGUGGGUCCAAAGUUAAAGGUGUCUGGCCUUUCUCAGGCAAUUCAAGUGAUUCAGGCAGUGAUGGAAACGAACAGUCUCUGGCCCGCCUAAAGGGUUCCAGGAAUGCAACACCAUAUGUUUUCACAAGAAGGAGUUCUUUGUACUAUGACGAGGACGGCGAUCUAGCUCAUGAGUUCUACGAGGAGACAGUGGUGACCAAAAAUGGCAGAAAAAGAUCCAAGUUGAAGAGAAUACAGAAAAACCUGAUUCCACAGGGAAUUGUGAAGCUUGACCAUCCUUGUAUUCAUGUGGAUUUCCCCAUUGUCCUCUGUGAGGUGUAAGGAAUUGUCCAGGACUGAAGUGAGAUGAUAUGCUGUCGGUCACAAUUAAAACUACAUUUAUUGAGAUGUUUUUCUUUUAAAACUGAAAAUCUGGCCCCAAAUACUGAGGAGAGCGUGGAGCUGUCAUGUUAAACUUAAAUGACAGAAAUUCUACAUGUUUCACACUAAAUGUGGUCAAAAAUGUUAGUAUUUUUUAAAAUCUAUGGCAACCUUUUCCAUGAAGUGAUGAAUCGCGUAUUUUAAUCAUCCGUCUGAUAUGUAAGCAGUGUUGAAAAGUACUUUGUGGCAAGGAAAAAAAAAUGUUGUCAAAAAACCUAAAUUAUGUACAUAAAUUGUUGGAUUGAUAGUUUAAUUUGUUGGGGAGCCAGUUUAGCUCGUGCUGGUUUGCGGCGCCUUCCGUCCGUGAAACCCGGGUUCAACUCCGGGCUGCUCCCUGUUCCCUUCUCCACCUCUGCCGGUUCCAAGCCCGGUUUGAGAAGGUUGCGUCAGGAAGGGCAUCCGGCAUAAAACAUUGCCAAAUUUACCAUGCGACUCAUUCGCUGUGGCGACCCCUGAUGGGAGAAGCCGAAAGUGGAAGAAGAAGAUAGUUUAAUUUGUUAAAUGUUUGACUCAGCUGACUGUGAAAGGGAGAUGGGUUGUGGAUGUUAUUGUACAUAUUACUUCUGUAUUAUCAUCUCUGAGUCUGUCUCUUGUUGGAGCUCAGACCUGCACUAGUGAAUAUAAUAUAGUGUAAAUACAGAUUUCUUAGUUGGAAAUACUUGAAUAAAUGAUUUGUUCAAUUGAA